CACGCAUUUGCCUCUGAUAAGAAGCAUCAGAACCACAGCACAUUUUCUCUUAGACUCUGGUUUUCUUGUUGAGUGUUUUCAUCCCACCUUGGACACCACUAUCUUUUGAAGACAUGUCUGGUUGAAACAUAAAGACAGCUGCUUAUUUCAGCAUGUGGAAUAUCUGAGAAUGCAUUAUCAUUUUUCUCUUUGCCUUUUCUUUAAUAGUUUUUAAAUUUUGUCUUUGGGAAGCUCCAAUUCGUUUUUCUUUAAAGAAAGCAGAAUUGUUUCCUUCUUUAGAAAUUCCCUCUGCUCUGAUAGCCAGUAUUUUAUGCUACCGUAAGUGAAAAAUACUAUCCAAAAGCUCAUGAACUGCUGGUGGUGACCUGUCCUGGGCAGUUGUCAUUAUUAACCAGGAAAUAAUGAAGCAGUCUUUUUUUUUUUUCUCGUUAUAAGACAAUUUUUUCUUAAUGUCAACUCGCCCACCUUCAUGCUGUGUUCUUCAGUGAUGUGCUGUCUUUUGUUAUACUUUUUAAACUUUAGGGAAUUAAAGCUUUAAAAAAAAUCAGUAAGGCCAGGGGAAAGGGCGCAGGGUUUGAAACAUGGCGGACAACGUGGACCAGCAACAAACUACCAACACUGUAGAAGAGCCCCUGGAUCUCAUCAGGCUCAGCCUGGAUGAGCGAAUUUAUGUGAAAAUGAGAAAUGACAGAGAGCUUCGAGGCAGGUUACGUGCUUAUGAUCAGCAUUUAAAUAUGAUAUUGGGAGAUGUGGAAGAAAUUGAUGAGGAAACAUACGAAGAGAUAUAUAAAUCAACAAAACAGAAUACUCCAGUGCUUUUUGUCCGGGGAGAUGGUGUUGUACUAGUUGCCCCUCCAUUAAGAGUUGGCUGAAACAAAGAAUUUAUCAUGUAUGGAAUAUAGGAGCUUUUGUAUGAUUGCCUUUUUAAAUGUAGAAGACAUUCAAAAGAGAAACCUGCGUAAAUUUUGAUAUUAAGAAAUGACCAAGGAUUCUUCCACUCCUGAAACAAGUUGAUUUGCGGAUAACUAAAAAAUUCUUAAGCUAAAGGGCAUUUUAAUUUUUUUCCAACCCUUUCAAUAAAUGUGAUCACCAAGAUGCAGAACUUUUUUUUUUUUUCAGGAAUUGAUUUGUUCUGUUGUUUUCUCAGACAAUUUCUGAUUUUUUUCCUUUAAAUUAAAUUUGAUGUUUCCUUUUUUGAUAUAUUUAAAAAAAAAUCAGUAAGGCCAACUAUUUGUGACUUUAGUCUGAAUUACAGGUUGUUAUAAAGGAUACAAUUCUGUUAAUUAUCCUGGGCACAUUCAAGCGGUAACUGAUAGCAAAAAGAUUUGGUCUAGUUUAUGCUGGUUGUUGACGAAGAAAACAUUACACUUAAUUGUUGACUAUAUUAAUUGAGUGUAUUAAGGUUAGUACUUUAAGGUGUUUAUGGUGUUUUCCCUAUAAUCUUGGAUCCUCUGAAACUUUUCUUCAUGGAUAAUACUAAUUUUUUCAUUGAUAAUACAAAAAGGAAUCUCAAAGUAAAGUUUUUCCUUUCAAAAAAGUAUCUUUAUUCUUAAACCUUUCUAAAAGUUUAAUACUAGAUUCUAUAUGUGAUUUUUUAGAAAUAUAAUUAUAUAUUUAUAAUAGUUGUAAUUCUAUGUAAACAUGUGUAAUUGUCAUAUAAUAAAAAUUCUACCCAUGCAAACACAGACAAAAUUGGAAGGUAGUAUGUAAAAAGGAUUUGUAUUCUUUUUUCAGUUUUAUUGAGCUACAAUUAGGAUACAGCGCUGUAUAAGUUUAAAGUGUAUAGCAUAAUGAUUUGACCUACAUGUAUUAUAAAAUGAUUACCACAAUAAAUUAACAUCUGUCACCCCAUAUAGUUUCAAAAAAAAUUUUUUUUCCUUGUGAUGAGAGCUUUUAGUGUCUACUCUUAGCAACUUUCAAA